AUGCUGUCGAGUCCUGUGGCCUCCACCCCUUUCUCGGUAGCUGACAUUCUCAGGCUGGAGUGCCAACAGAAGGAUUCCAAGACCCUGUCACAAUGGGAGUUGCAUAGGAACCCAGUAAAGCCUCGGUACCUAAGAAUGAACCAGGAAUCCGGAUGGUUUGAGAGCAGCGACAGGGCACAAGCAGUCCCUUUUCGGUGCACCUGGGAGACAGUCCUGGAGAUGGGCUCGAAUCCUGUGGGGGAGCCACAAACUCCUCCGGGCACGAUCUCCCGACUUGGAGCCAGGAACCCAAUGACCGAUCGCGGCGUGGGCAACCUGAGUGGCGACAUGCGCCGAGGCGGUCCGGUUUCAACCAGAACGCGGCCACAGCGGAAGUCCCGCGUGCUAUUCUCCCAGGCCCAAGUGCUGGCCCUGGAGCGGCGCUUCAAGCAGCAGCGAUACCUGACUGCGCCCGAGCGUGAGCACUUGGCCAGCGCGCUGCAGCUCACGUCCACGCAGGUCAAGAUCUGGUUCCAAAACCGGCGCUACAAGUCCAAGAGUCAGCGCCAGGACCAGACUCUGGAACUGGCCGGCCACCCGUUAGCACCGCGCCGGGUAGCAGUGCCAGUACUGGUACUGGACGGCAAGCCCUGCCUGGAUCCCGACGUAGCCGCAUUCCUGGGUCCCUACAAAGCCACCUCGCCCUAUUCCUGCUUCGGUGGCUACGCGGGCACUCCCUACGACGCUAGCUAUGCGAGCCGCUGCACCAGCGCCAGCGCCGGCCCCGGGCCGCUCACACCACUGGCCAGCUCUGGCUUCAGCCCAGGUGGCCAAAGUGCGGCUCCGCAGGGCCAUCUGCCCGCUACGCCUCAGGGAGUCACGGCCUGGUGAAAAGCCUGAGCUCACCUACUGCCAUUCGGUGCCUGAUGCCUGGUCCCCUCCCCUUCCUGCUGGUGGGCGCGGGGCUGGAAAGCACUGCCCACCUUACUGAUCUCGGAACUGAACUGCUUGGAGGAGCGGCCCCUGAAGACCUUGAGAACAUUCUUUCCCUCGGAAGUGUAACCACGUAGCCACGUAGAUGCUGUGCAGAAAGACUAGCACAAGAAAUUAAUAAAUCUUAUUCCCUUGCCCUUCUGGCCUAGAAAAGUAAUAGAAGCAGCCGUGUACUGCAUUAUGG